AUGGCGGAUGCUUACCGGAAGGACACCAACGGUGGGCAGCAGGUAGUGGCAUCGCCGGAUCUUACUCCUCUCUUCGUGGAAAGUCCUUGCAGCGAAUAUGGUAUCAAAUCAACUCUCUGUCUGUUUAAAAUCUUAUCGAGAAAGAAGAGGCAAUUUAAGAUUUCAGCAUAUUUUUUGCUCAAAGUUCCAAGUAGUCCUGAAUAUCCUGGCUAUUAUGAUGGUGAUGAUGAAAGGGGAAUGAUGAGAAGCACAGCUUCUAUUGAAGCAUCCUAUGAGCACUACCUUCGUACUGGGCAAAUUUUGUCCCAUGAGUCCAUGCAUAGUGGAAUUAUGGGCAUUGAGGAUGUUGGAAUGGUAGGUGGCAGACCAGAAGAAGCUACCCUUCCUCCAAAUGCUAACUGUACAUUGUAUGUAGAGGGUUUGCCUGCGGACUGUACAAGAAGAGAGGUGGCACAUAUAUUCCGCCAUUUUGGAGGUUACAAAGAAGUUAGGCUCGUACCAAAACCUUCAAUACAUGCUGGAGCCAAUACAUUGAUUCUUUGCUUUGUUGAUUUUGUGAGUCCGCUUCAUGCAGCUGCUGCAAUGGAUACCUUACAAGGUUAUCAAUUCGACCUUGAUGAGCAUGAUUCAGGCAACUUAAUGCUGGAAUUUGCUCGCAAUCCUGGUGCGAGGUCAGGUGGAGGGAAUCGUGGAAAAUGUUGA